AGCCGCUCCUUAUAAAUGUAUCAGCUCGGUAGAAAUCCUCUGGAGGACUUUUGAGCGACAAGGACAUUUUUUUUUGACAACAAUAAGAUGAAAUAUAAGGAACCGAGGCGCCAAGUCUGUGCGUAAAAUGGACACUUUUGCGACAUUUUGAGGGAUCAAUUUCACUCUGAAGAGAAACCCCUGAAUGUUCUGGAUAUACUCGGAUAUAUAUUCGCUCUAUCAAAGGCCGGACACUUUGUCUCACCUUUAUUUGGAUCGUUAGCUGUCAACACUUCCUGUUGCAGCAGAGGCCCCUCCCACCAGUCCAACAUGACAGACAGGACCCCAUGGUGGAAAGCAUUCCUUCCAAAGAAGAAGAGCGGUGGCUCCAAAGACUUGGCCACAGCCUCAAUUGGCCCAGACUUUAACCCAUUCGCAGAGAAGCAGAACAACCCAACCGCAGUGGCCUCCAGGCCGACCGAUGACCAGACCUCCAACCAGCCCACCAAGAGCUCCAGCCUCCUCAGCGACGAAACGUUCGACGACUCCCAGCUGGAGCCUGUCUUCAACGAACAGACGUGCCGCAGGCACAUGAAGGUGUCCCGCUCAGGUCGCUUCAAGGAGAAGAGGAGGGCGCGCUCGACUCUCCCCAUCGAGGAGAAAGGGACGGAAAAUGUUCCAGCAGGGAAGGAGGACAAGCGGUGACCAGGAUGUAAAGGUCAAAGACUGCUUUGAACAGAUGACUUGAUGAAGCCUCGUGAGGAUGAGGCUGGUGUGCUGUAUAGAGUGCUGGUUUUGAGGGUGAUGAUCAUGUUUUACCCCAAUCGUACUGGAAAAGGAGGCAAUUGAUUCAUAUUUUUAUCGCUUGACCUGCUGAAAGGUCACAGAAGUGAGGCCAAACCGUUUAGGAAGCAACAAUCAAGCUCAAGACUGAUGAGGAGCACUUAUGAACCCAGAAAUUACACUCUCCUUUUAUUUUAUAUUGUUUUAACCCUUUAACUGCCUGCUCAACCAAAUAGUGGGGAACAUUUAGAAAACAUGGUUUAAAAUAUUGAUUGUGUGUAUUAUUCCCUCAAGGUACGGAGGCCCUAA